AUGCUUACAUCGCUUUGCCAUCGUCUCAUCUCCUUCUGCGUCUCUCUCGUCCAUCAUCUGUACAUGUCGAACGGAACAGGUUUCAAGAGAGGGGCCGUCAAGAAGUGGUUCGGAAUGAAGUCGCCAAACAGGCAUUCCGAUAGGAUGAAGGUCACUAUACGCAUGGUCUUUGGCAGUUCGGCCGUUCCGCUCAAACGCAAUAUUCCUCCCGAAACCCGUCUUUCCAUGCUGCCUUCGAUUCUCCGGGAGAUGGUGAAGGAGCACCUGCUUGAGCUGAGAAGAGAUCCCGCCGAAUCGAUCCAAAACACCGAGACCGAUUGGAACUACAACACUGUCGUCGAUUUUGGUGACUGGAGGAACCACUAUCUCUCCGCCGGUCUGGAUGGUCGUUACCAGGUUCGAGAGGUGGCACACUUGUUUUCCGAUUCGGAUCGCGACCGCAUCAUUCCUAUCACUGUGCACAUCAGCCGAAGUGGUCACGCUCUAUCGAUCUCUGCUAUCCCUCUGGAAUCCCGGAGCAAGUAUUGCUAUCUCUCCGUCGGCGACGACAAGACUCACAUCACCCACAACGCGGCACUUGCGCAACCAGAACCCAGUUUUCAUCGCUACUUUGGCCGCUGCCAGAUUGGCAAUCCCAACGGCGCGGAACUUGUCGGAGUGGACGUCCUGACGGUUAAGGAUCAAGAGAUCAGCAACUUCGACGAUGCCUUCGUCCUCGAAGAGCUGCCGGCCCGGAAGAAGUUCUACGCACCAUUCGUUGACGAGCAUUCCUUCGCAUCGCUACUGGCUUCCAUCAAAUCACACAUCACUCCGCUGGCAAAGGGCCACCACGAUCAACCCAAGCUACCAGAUGCAGUUCGUUUGACAUGCGCCACCCUUGAGUCUCCUCCCGUCAUGCAAGACUACGAAGGAUACUUCAUGGCUGUCUACGGACCUUGCUACACCAAGUUGCAUGAUUUGGAAGGGCCGGCUUACCACUUGUUUGCGCCUUUCUCUCUCCUAUCACCGCCACACUGCACACCAGACGUCCUUCGCGAGGAGAUCUGCUCGAAGCUGAGAGCGCAAGACUCCAAGUGUGCGCUGUUUGAUGCGGACUUCAAAGACAAGUGGGAGCUUCUCCUGUGGGUACUGCCUCAGGGGUCUCCUACCAACACACUUCAUUCAUUCAAUCAAGGCAUUCUGGAGCAAUUCAUGUUGCCCGCACGCGUUGCCAAGAGUGACCGGCGAUUGUACGUCGAAGCCCACGUCGUGUCGACAAACCCUCUUCCACGUGUGCUCGCGGCGGUGGAAUUGGUCAAUGGGGAGCUCCCGGACUUCGAUAUUGGUCCAUCCUCGUCAGAAGCGUCAACACCACAACGUUCUACACCCAUCGCGGCCGCAGGCUUGUUCAGCGGGAAGCUGUCAGAUUCCAGAUUCGAAGCUCGAUCAUCAGGUCCAUCAACACCGCCAGACUCCACCGAACAUAGCGCCAAUCGGACAGACUACUGCAUUGUCAUCAUGAGCUGUUACUUCAUCAGCCAUCCUUCUGUCAAGCCAGUGACCCGCUACGCAAACGUUCUCCUCAGCGGUUGCCCCGAUGAUCUUCGCGGGGUCAUGCGUAGUCACUGCGAAGACAUUCGCGAGAAGCAUGCAGACAAGCUCAAUCAGUUCAAAGGCACCGACUAUGGCUGGCACAUGCGAUCUUUCAUCCGCUUCCAUGACGAACGCGGUCAAUACGUCAACCCUACGCCUGAUCGUUCAAUGCGCUUCUCCACGAUGUCCGACCUCUUUCUCACGCGCAAAGAACUCACUUCUGAAGCUCCUACGAUCAACAUUGACAUCGAAUUCGGAAUCGUGAAUCUUGGUCCAAACCAACCCAAUUUCGAUUCCGUCUACCAGCUGAAGCCACGCGCUAUUCUCAACCAUCACCGCAUUGGUACCCUCAAGUCCAGUCCGCUGCCCGUCGCUGCGUCAACAUCACUUCUCCACAAGGAUUCCAUCGCAGAGCACUCACGCCUGACCUAUCCAGUGCUCCUGACCUACCCCCGCAAAGAUCCAAACUCGGCUUAUUACACCGAUACUUUCGCCCGUCCCUUCCACAAUCACCUCCUUGGUUCCACAGAUGAUUACGAACCAUUGGGAAAUCUCCGCGGCACUACGGUGAUUCAGAAGUAUGCCCAGGUUCCCGAGAAGUGCAGAGGCCAGCUUUGGAGAUGGACAGCCCGCAGUGAAGCAGCGCAGAUGAAGGUGCAGCCCGGCGUUCCGCGGUAUCCGAUGCUGACCUUCUUGCACUACGACCGUGCCGCUACCUCCAAGCCCGUCAAAGAUAGGGACAUCAAGGGUAAGGUGCUGAAGUUGGCCGUGCGCGUUGUGAACUGCUUCUCUGAGCCUCACCUGUCCGAGGUCCAGGUCCCGGGUGACGUUCUGCUCGAUUUUGAAGAUGGCAAGUCCGCGAUCGAAGCGUUGAGCACGGCGUUGAAGGACGGUCUGGCGGACUUUCGGCCAGAGUACAAGGACUUGGAGUACGGCAUUCGAUUCUGGGUGUUGCCUUGGGCGAAGGGUCUGGACGAGGACAAGUACAGCGAGGAUAUCGAUGACUUGGGCAAGCUGUAUCGCUGGAAGGAGGGUCCAUUGAAGCUCUUCUUGGAAGGUGAAAUGCUGGCGAACGGCGAGAGGCGUGUGUGGCUCGAAGCACAUUUGUUCCGUGCGGAUGUGCUGUCGCCGUCGAUGAAUGUUGAUGUGUCGAGCGAGGACGAGCAGCAGAUGUCGACGUUCACGGCCCACUUCCGCGCACCAGACAACGUCGAGAGCUCCCUGUUGCGAGUUAGGUUCGAAGUGCCGAACGAGUACGACAGCUCUGGUGGUAGUGGAGAUCCGGACAGUGUGAUCUCAGGGGACAGCGAUUGA